GUUUCGGGAGCUACCGGGAGGCCACUGCCACCUGCUGGAGGAGGGGUCAGGGCGGAGCUAAGAUGCGGAGGGCGUGACGCAGGAGCUAUCCAGCUCGCUUGCUCAGGCCAGACCCGGACCGAGGCCCAGGCCGCGCUAGGUACCCCAGCUGCCCUGGUUAAAAAUGGUCUCCAGGAUGGUGUCUACCAUUCUAUCUGGCCUGCUGUUUUGGUUGGCAUUCGAUUGGACUCCAGCAUUUGCUUAUAGCCCACGGACCCCUGACAGGGUCUCAGAAACAGAUAUCCAGAGGCUGCUCCAUGGUGUGAUGGAGCAAUUGGGCAUUGCCCGACCACGGGUGGAGUACCCAGCUCAUCAGGCCAUGAACCUUGUGGGCCCACAGAGCAUUGAAGGUGGAGCUCAUGAAGGUCUGCAGCACUUGGGUCCUUUUGGCAACAUCCCCAACAUUGUGGCAGAGUUGACUGGUGACAACAUUCCUAAGGACUUCAGUGAGGAUCAAGGCUAUCCAGACCCCCCAAACCCCUGUCCCGUUGGAAAAACAGUAGAUGAUGGAUGUCUAGAAAACACCCCUGACACCGCAGAGUUCAGUCGGGAAUUCCAGUUGCAUCAGCACCUUUUUGAUCCGGAACACGAUUACCCAGGCCUGGGCAAGUGGAACAAGAAACUCCUCUACGAGAAGAUGAAGGGAGGACAGAGACGCAGGCGGAGGAGUGUCAAUCCAUAUCUACAAGGACAGAGACUGGACAAUGUUGUUGCAAAGAAGUCGGUCCCCCAUUUUUCAGAAGAAGAUAAGAAUCCAGAGUAAAGAGAAGAUGCUGGCUGGAAUCCCCUCCCCCAUGCUGCUUAUUGCAUGCAUUAUUAGAGCCCCUGUGAAUGGAAGCAUGUUUCUUAUAUAGAUAAUUAUGGAUGAAACAGCUGUAUGUGCAUUGUCCUUCACAGUGAGAGCUCUGCUUUCUACUAAUUAAAAUAAGAGCUCCUUUUUAUGUGGAUCUGCAAUGAGCAUUAAAAUUAAAAUAUAUAAGUUGAGUACAAUAAAAAAAAACAAGACUUCAAAAUGCUCAGAUUUCAUGCAGUUUAAAAUGGUGUUUGGGGCUGUGCUGUUUUGGCUGAGUCUGUAAAAAGCUGGCAUUUGAUUUUGAUUAUGUAGUGCAUCCAACCCUUGGGUCUUAUUACACACCAAUAAAGAAGUUUGUACUCAAGGGGAGGGGCUGACACAUCUCACUUGGCUGCUUCUUAAUAAAUGUGUAUGCAAGCA